AUGACGGACAAGAGUCAUCUGACAAUUCGGACUCGGAGAGCAGUUCAGGAAGUAGCAGUAGCAGUAGCAGCCAAGGUGGAAGCAGAGCUGGAAGUCGUUCCCCACCACGUGGCCGUUCACCAUCCCCAGCUGGCAGCAACAGGAGUAGGUCACCGGGAAGUAACCGCGCUGGCAUGGGGAGCCAGGCUAGUGGCUCCUUUGCUAGUCCAAGAAGCCCAGACAGUAGAUCUUACAGUAGAGCCAGUGCUUCCCCAGGUAGUCCUAAAAGUGGCGGCAGCAGGUCUCGAAGUAGAAGUAGCCUUUCUCCUCCAGGAAGCCCCAAAAGCCCACCAAGUAGCCCCAAAAGUCCCCCCAGCAGCCCCCAGUACAGGGGAAGUGAGUCUCCAAGAAGUCCUAGGAGUGUUUCAAAAUCAUCGCCACGCAGUUCGAGGGGACAAAGUACUUCACCCGUAGCGUCGCGUACAGGCAGUCAUUCACCGCAUUCAAGAUCAAGAAGCCGGUCUGUCCACUCGAGGCAGGGCAGUAGGUCUCCUGGGAAGUCCAGAAGUGGAAGCCCUUCGCCUCCUCGGUCACAAACAGGAAGUAAAUCACCUCGCUCAAGAGCCAGCAGUAGAUCAAGAAACAGAUCUCGAAGUGGUAGUCGCUCACCCAGCAGAUCAAGAACUGGUAGUCAUUCUCCAGCAAGAUCGAGAGCUAGUUUCCGAAGCAGCAGAAGUCCUAGGAGUGCGAGUAGAACCCCAGCUAGGAGUCAAAGCAGAACUCGAGAUAGGAGCCACAGCAGAACUCGAGAUGGAAGUCAAAGCAGAGCUCGAGAUAGAAGUCAAAGCAGAACUCGAGAUAGGAGCCACAGCAGAACUCGAGAUAGGAGCCACAGCAGAACUCCAGAUAGGAGCCAUAGCAGAACUCCAGAUAGGAGCCAUAGCAGAACUCCAGACAGGAGCCAUAGCAGAACUCCAGACGGACGCCCAAGAAGCCCAAAGUCUCCAGCCAGCAGUAGAGGAAAUCGUUCACCCACCGGUAGUAGGAAGUCAGGCUCUCGGUCACGAUCCAGGUCACCGGUAGUGAAUGGAGUGAGAGAUUCAGGUUCAAGGAAAGGCUCGGAUGAUGACAGCGAUGUUGAUAUUGGAAGGAAACGGAAGAGAGCGGUCAUGAGCGAUGACUCGGACGACGAAAAUGCCAAGAAGGCUAGAUCUGAUGAGGAGGAGGACAUGGAUGUUGGAGAUCUGUUCGGUGACGCUGACGACAUCAGCGAUGACGAGGAGGACAAGAAGAAGGAGAGUGACGACGAUCGGAGGCGGUCUCGGUCUCGGUCUCCCCGGUCUCGGUCCAGAUCCAGGUCCAGGUCUCGUUCCCGUUCCCGUUCUCGGUCGGGGACUCCUCGUACACCGAGGCCUGUUAUUCAGGAGGAUGAAGAGAAGGAAGACGAAGUCCUCCCCCGGAGACCAGAAAUCGAUGCAGAGAUCCCAAAAAUCAACACCGACUUGGGACGUGACAUGCACUUCGUCAAGCUGCCCAACUUCUUGUCUGUUGAAACCAGACCCUUUGAUCCGGAGUUGUACGAAGAUGAAAUUGAUGAUGAAGAAACGCUAGAUGAAGAAGGUCGUGCAAGGUUGAAGCUGAAGGUUGAAAACACAAUAAGAUGGCGAAUCGACUUCGACAAAGAAGGCAAUGCCAUUCGCGAGAGUAAUGCGAAGCUUGUCCGUUGGUCUGACGGCUCUAUGUCCUUGCAUCUCGGUUCUGAAAUUUUUGACGUCUACAGGCAACCUCUGCAGGGUGACCACAAUCAUCUGUUCAUUAGGCAAGGUACUGGUCUCCAAGGUCAAGCCGUCUUCCGCACAAAACUGACCUUCCGUCCGCACUCAACCGACUCGUUCACCCAUCGCAAGAUGACCCUCUCCUUGGCCGAUCGAUCAUCUAAGGCAGUUGGAGUCAAAGUCUUAUCUGCUGUGACCCGUGAUCCUGAGUCAUCUCGAGUGGAAAGUAUCAGGAGAGACGAAGACCGUCUUCGAGCUUCCAUGAGGCGCGAAGUCAAACAGAAGCGUGUGAGAGAGAAAGCUUCGAGCCAGGGCCUGUCAGCAAAUUACUUGGAGCCUGAUGCUUAUGAAGAAGACGAUGAAGGUGGAAUAUCUCUCUCGGCCAUCAAGAACAAAUUCAAAAAUAAGAAACAGAAUGACCGAGCGCCAAUCUACUCCUCAGAUGAGGAAUCGGACAUUGAGACAGGCAAGGCCAAGAGACUGGAGAGAGCCAAACACACCAUCAAGGACUCUGACGAUGAGUCCAGGAUGGCUGGUCCGAUAGCGACAAUGGAAAGCAGAGGCGGCAGCAGCGAGAAGAGCCGCAGCAGGAGUGCCAGCAGGAGCAAAAGCAGGAGCACGAGCAGGAGCAAGAGCCAGGAGUGCCACAGAAUCAAGAGCAGGUCUAGGAGCAUGAGCAAGAGCAAGAGCAGGAGCAAGAGCAGGUCUAGGAGCAGGAGUAAGAGCAGGUCCCGCAGCAGGAGCGGCAGUCGUAGCAGGUCAGGAAGCGCGAGUCCAAGCAGGAGUAAGUCUGCUAGCAGGAGUAGGAGCAGAAGCAGGAGCAAGAGCGGGAGUGGCAGCGAUAGUGGAGGGGGAGGGAAGUCGUCUGGUUCGGAUAGCGAUAGUGAGUAGGUUAAGUCUCGUCCCUGUAAAUUGAUUUGUAGUUAGGUUACAUUAAUAUUGUAAAGUAUAUUUGAAAAAAGCAAUGAAUAUGAAUGCAAGUGGUUAUAGUUUCAAUUGUAAAGGGCCUUUUGUUAUUUUUCAUGUAUUUCCUUAUACAAGGAAGGACUAAUUAGGC